AUGGUUUCACGUUUUUCUGACCUAGAACGUAAAACAUUACUUGUACAAUUUAUUGCUGUUGAACCAUUAACAUUUUAUUCGACGUCAGAUGGUACUGAUCUUGUUCAAGAUAUUUUACGAGUUCAUUUAGCACGAUCAGAUGCAGAUAUAUUUGGACAAGAAGGUUCAUUAUCAAUUGAUGAACUAGGAGAAUUUCUUACAUUUGAACCAAUAGAUACAAAAAAUCGUACAUUACAUUUACCCAUAGAACAUUUAGCUUAUUGUGGUGCCUUAAGACGUAUGCGUCGUGAGUUUUUCGAUCCACGAGAACCAGAACAAAUUCAUCGACGAGAAUUUGAAAAUGUUGACUUAGCUAAUCGUUUUGCACAAUUUAUUAUUGGUCCACCAAUAUUUGCUACUGUUUUUCAUGGUUUUGAUAAUGCACUAUGUUAUAUAUUUGUAACACAAAGUGCUGAUGAUUCUUGUUUUUUAGUUAUGAAACUUAUGCGUGCUUUUAAAUUACAUGAGCAACAAUUAGAACAACGAGGACAAAUAAAUCAAGCUUAUCCUUCAUUUUCUCCAUUGCAUAGUGGUUGUAGGUCACCUUUACCAGUUGAAAUCAAACGAGAGAGUCCAUUACUUCAAACAUCACACGGAUUUUUUACUGAUAAUAGACAAACAUUGUCAUAUCCUUUGGUUCAACGAGUACCAAGUGCACCAAUAAAUUCAUGUGUUCAAGAUCCACGACAAGAUGAAGUAAUUCAACGACUUCUUUCAAAUCCAAAUUUCGAAGUUGUUAAUCAACCAACACCGUUCAUGUCUCAACGUAUUGAUGAUAUACCAAUUAUAUCUGCACCAUUACCUAGAAAUCGACGAUCUUCUCCAAAUAUAUUUAAUAGCAGUGGUGGUUCUUCCAAUAAUAUUCAAUUUCUGGGUAGAUUAACAUCUCCAUCAACGCGACCACCUUCGCCGCCUAUUCUUGGAAUUUCCGAUAAGACUAGUAUUCCAAAUUCAUCUUUAGGUAAUACUAAUCCACAAGUAAUCUACAAACCAAAUAAUCAAGAAGUAGUUUAUAAACAAAAUAUAAUGGUCCGUUGGCUAAAACCACCAACACCACCUCCACCUGCGCCGAUUAUUAUACGAGAAAUUCGAGCUCCAACAGAAACUCAACCACCAAUUGUUUGUCGACAAAUGCCCCCAUGUCCACCAACACCACCACCAAUUAUUAUCAGAGAAAAACCACCACCAUGUUUUUCAUCUGGACCACCUGUAAUUAUAGAAAAACGCUUACCACCAGUUACAGCUCCUCGACAAGUUAUUGUUGAACGAUAUCCAGCUCCACCUACAAAACCACCAACAAUUAUUUAUGAAAAAUAUCUACCACAAACACAACCAUCACGUCAAAUAGUUGUUAAACGUGAAAUGAGUCGACCUACUGCUGGAUAUCAAGCAGCACAACAACAAAUUCCAGGUCGACAUAUAGUUAGAGAAAUCGUUCGACAAAUCCCACAAGUAUCAUCAACAACUCAACCAACUUUAGUUUAUACACCACAACAACAAACAACAGCUCAACCAGCUUUAUUUUGUAUGCCACAACAACAAGCAAAUGUUCAACCAACUUUAGUUUGUGUACCACAACAGCAAACGACAGCUCAACCAACUUUAGUUUGUGCAUCACAACAGCAAACAACAGCUCAACCACAAGCUGUUCAACAAUUACUACCAGUAUUUGCUACACAACAAAAUGUAGUUCAACCUCAAGGUGUUCGUAUUAUUCGACAAGUGAUUGGUCCACCACAGGUCGCUAUUCAACAACCUCAACAAGUUUAUUCAACAACGUGUUCACCUAUGAUUCAAGCAGUACCAACAACUGUUAUGCAAUAG